AUGUUCUCCAUCAUAUCGAAUUUAUGGAAAAUUUUAGAGGAUACUAUAGUUGAAUACAUUGACGUGGAUUUUAUACUUUGGUUAUCAUGGCUUCUAAUGCCACUUUUAAUAACAUUUUUACUUCCACUUAUAAUUGUGGUAUUAUUAUAUUUAACUGCAUUAAUAUUAUACGUAUACAAGUUACACAGAGUUAGAUUAAGAAAUGCAUAUGGGACAGAUUGGAGAAAUGCAGCUCGUAAUGUAGUAGCUGCAGUUUGGGAUGCUCAUGGUUGGAUUUGGUAUGGGUACGAAGUAGUUGGGCUAGAAAAUAUACCAAAAAAUGAAUCAGUACUUUUUGUGUACUACCAUGGAACUAUUCCCAUAGAUCUUUAUUACUUCAUAUCCAAAGUAUUACUUCUAAAUUCAAGACUAAUUCAUACUGUAGCAGAUAGAUUUCUUUUUAAAUGUCCUGGGUGGUCUAUUAUUUCCGAUGUAUUGAAAGUUAUACCUGGUACAGUUCAAAUAUGUUCUAAUAUUUUAAAAGAAGGUAACAUGCUUGCUAUCUCACCUGGUGGUGUAUAUGAAGCACAGUUUGGAGAUUUUUAUUAUCAAUUAAUGUGGAAGAAACGAGUUGGUUUUGCAAAGGUUGCAUUGGAUGCUAAAGUGUGCGUAAUACCUUUGUUUACAAAAAAUAUUAGAGAAGCAUUUAGAACAAUAAGUUGGGGUAGAAGAAUGUGGUUGAGAAUAUAUGCUGCUACCAGAUUUCCUUUUGUACCUAUUUAUGGUGGUUUCCCUGUAAAAUUAAUAACAUAUGUUGGUAAACCAAUUCCAUAUGAUGGAAAUCUUACACCAGAGCAGUUACAAAUGAAGGUUGCUGAUGCAUUAAAUAAUUUAAUAAGUCAACAUCAAAGAAUACCUGGAAAUAUAUCAUUAGCUUUAUUAGAAAGAAUAUAUUCUCCAAAGAAAGAACAAUGA